ACCGCAGAAACAGAGCCGCACUCUCUCUCUCUCUCUCUGGCAAAUUUCUCUCUCUUCUUCGCCGCCGAGUUUUCGCCAUUAACAUACAGUGAAGAAACGUUGAAUUCAGCAAGUCCAAACGGACCACCAGCUCCCUCGCUCGCGCAUUCUCUCCUCAUUUCGCUCCAACUGAGAACGAAAGAGCCAAAUCCUAGAUUCAAAGGCUCACGAUUCAACGUCUCCGAGCUCCAGCUGACGCAUGUUGUUUUUUCAGUGGAUACCAGCAUGAGCCAAAGUGAUGUAGAGAUGGUGGAUUCUGAAAAAAUCCAUGAUGAUUCUGGAAAUAACGUCCAGGAGUCUAAAUGUGAAGUGGUAGACCCUAAGGAAGGUGAAGAGGAAGUUCCUUGUGAAGCUGCUGCCUCGGGGGAUGUAAAUGGAAAGGAGGAUGUCGGAGAAGACAUAAAUAGAGUUAUAGAUAAAAAAGUUGAAGACAAGAUGGAUGUGGAGACAGCAGUGGAAGACCAAACUAACCUUGUAAAAGAGGUCUCUGAGCAAAUAGAAGGAUCGGACUAUGGAAUAACUAUAACCAGAAGUGAUAAUAAAGAGCUGAUAAACACUGCAACUGCGGCUGAAACAAAAACUGUUGCUAGUGAUUGUAAAGAGACAACCACCACUGAAACCGCUGCUGAAGCACAAACUGCUUCUAGUGAUUGUAAAGAGCCAAUAAACACCGAAAUUGUGGCUGAAGCACAAACUACAAGUGCAGCGGAGAAACAAGAUGACAUAAAAUUUGAAGUGGUAGAGUGCGAUGCUGCUAAUGCUGGGGUGAAAGAAUAUGAGCCCGCUAAGAAUGAUGAGAUGGAUGGAAACCAAGGGGAAGAUAUUGACAAAAGAUCCAAUGAAGAUGCGGAUGUAAAAUUUGAAGUGGUUGAAUGUGAUGGUACUGAUUCCUGGGUGAAAGAAGAUGAGCCUUCUAAGAAUGAUAUGCUGGAUGGAAACCAAGGGGGUGAUGUCGAGAAAAAACCAACUGAAGAUGUUGCCAAAGAGCCUGGAGAGAUUGGUAAGGAUACUGAUGACACCAAACAUGUUGCUAGUGAGACGAUGGUGGAAAAUUUUGAUGCUGGAAACGUCUCUCCGCAAAAUAGGCAGCUUCCAACUGAAACUUUUGCCAAUAAAGAUCCUCAAGGACACAAUGCUGAGGCGGGUGCUGUUAGACCAUGUGAGGAUGAAGAGGUGGAAGAUGCAGUUCACUGUGAUCAGGAUAAGAUGGUUAAAGAAAAAGAACAGGGUGCAGAAUCUUUUCUUGUUAGCCAUGAAACACAUGGGAAUGAAAAAGCUUUUGAAACUGCUGCCAAACCUGAUGCUGCAGAAUCUUCACUUGCAAGCCAACCUGAACCUUUUACACCCAAUUCCCUUAUCAAAUGUUCUUCUCAAAAGACUGCAGAUCAUAGUGAAGACACAGCCCAUACAGUCUCUAGCCAAGCAACACUACCUUUCAUGGGGGAGGAUGAUGACGGAACACCUGAGGAUCAAGCAGCAUUCAUGAAGGAGCUUGAGAAUUUCUACAGGGAGAGGGCAGUGGAAUUUAAACCACCCAAAUUUUAUGGGCAUCCACUAAAUUGUCUGAAGUUAUGGAGGGCUGUUAUUAGGUUGGGAGGCUAUGACAGGGUAACUGGAUCCAAGUUAUGGAGGCAGGUAGGAGAGUCAUUCCAUCCACCAAAGACUUGUACAACAGUUUCUUGGACCUUUCGAAUCUUCUAUGAGAAGUCUCUCCUGGAAUAUGAAAGACAUAAGACACAAAGUGGUGAGCUUCAACUCCCUGUAGUAAUGCUCCCAGAAGUUUCUGGUGCUGAUGGUGAGGGAAAUGGUUAUCAGGGAUCAGGAUCAGGACCAGGAAGGGCUAGAAGAGAUUCUGCUGCCCGUGCUAUGCAAGGUUGGCAUGCCCAACGCCUUGGUGCUGGUGAGGUUGGGGACCCAAUUAUAAAGGACAAGAAUCUCAGCAAUAUGGCAAAGAAUGAGAAGAAUCUCAAAAGCAUUAGUUCAUUAAAACAGAAGAGGCCAAAUGAAGUGGAGCAUUCAACUUCAAACAAAGCUGUUCGAACUGAAAUAUCUAAGCAAUUGGUGACAUCUGUUGUUGAUGUUGGGCCCCCAGCUGACUGGGUGAAAAUUAACGUACGCCAAACUAAGGAAUGUUUUGAGGUUUAUGCCCUAGUACCGGGAUUGUUACGUGAGGAGGUGCGAGUUCAAUCAGAUCCUGCUGGACGUUUGGUCAUAACAGGUCAGCCCGAGCAAGUUGAUAAUCCCUGGGGGAUUACACCAUUCAAAAAGGUUAUUACCUUACCGGCAAGAAUUCAACCAGUUCAGACUUCUGCUGUGGUAAGCCUGCAUGGACGCCUCUAUGUCCGCAUUCCUAUUGAGCAGCCAAGCAUCUAGAUUCAAGUGUCUUACACAACAAUUUGAUUCACCGGUAACAUCUACAACUUCAUGUAUGUGUAUGGUUUACCAUCACUUAAUUACUUAUGAUAGUGGAUUAGGUUUAGUCACCGUUCGUUCAUAUUAAAGUUUGUUACUAGGCAGAACGACAUAGGGAUGCUUUUUGGGCUAUAGUCCGUCCUGUUCACUGUAAGAUGAUGAAUUUUUUGCUGCUUUAACUUAUUUUAUUUGAAUGACAUGCCAUGAUUUAAUGAA